AUGGAUAAUAAUAAUAAUAAUAAUAAUAAUAAUAAUGAUAAAAAUGAUAAAAAUGAAUUAAAUAAAAUAAAAGUUGCAAUUAGAGUUAGACCAUUAAAUUCUCGUGAAUUGGGUAUAGAUCAAAAAAUACCAUGGUCAAUUUCUAAAGAUACAAUUAGUUUAUCACAAAAUCCAAAUAUUAAUUUUACAUAUGAUUAUGUAUUUGGUAUUGAUUCAAAUACAAUUGAUGUUUAUAAUGCAAUUGCAAAGAGUAUUGUAAAUUCAUCAUUGAAUGGUAUAAAUGGUACAAUCUUUGCAUAUGGACAAACAUCAUCAGGUAAAACAUUUAGUAUGAGAGGUACAGAAUCAAUACCAGGUAUAAUUAAAUUAUCAAUUAAAGAUAUAUUUAAGAGCAUUGAAGAUUCAAUUUUGGAGAAAGAUUAUCUAUUAAAGGUAUCUUAUUUAGAGAUUUACAAUGAGGAGAUUAAAGAUCUAUUGAAUCCAACUAUUAGUAAUAAAAAGAAAUUAAAAAUUCAUGAAGAUAUAUAUAAGGGUGUAGUAGUUGCAAAUCUAAAAGAAGAGAUUGUAAUAUCACCCGACCAGAUCUUUGCAUUGAUGAAUUUCGGUGAGGAAAGGAGACAUAUCGGAUCCACAAUGAUGAAUGACUCGAGUAGCAGAUCGCAUACAAUCUUUAGAAUGCAGAUUCAAAGUACAUGUAAACAAAAUGGUACUAUUCAAAUGUCGACCUUGACAUUGGUGGAUUUGGCUGGUAGUGAAAGAGUUUCAAGUACAGGUGCAGAGGGUGUGCGUUUAAAAGAGGGUACCCAUAUCAACAAGAGUUUGAUGACACUAAGCAAGGUCAUCUCUAAAUUGAGUGAAGAGAAGACUCAACAACAUGUGCCCUAUAGGGAUAGUAAACUAACUAGAAUUUUACAACCUUCAUUGGGCGGCAAUUCAAAAACCGCUAUCCUAUGUACAAUUACACCAGCAACAACGCACCAAGAGGAAUCCAUCUCAACCCUACAAUUUGCAAAGAGAGCUAAACGAGUUAAAACCAAUUAUAAAAUCAAUCAAGUUGCAGAUGCAAAUACAAUGUUAAAAAAAUAUGAAUCUGAAAUAUUAGAACUUCAAAAUCAAUUAGUAAAAUCUGAAGAAAUCAAUUCCCUCUUAAGAAAUACAAUAUCAACACAAGAGAUCUCUUCAAAUAAUUUUAAAUUAGGUAUGAAAAGAUUUAAUGACGCAAUAAUUGGUGGUAGUUUAAUUAAUGAAAAUAAAAAGAAAAAGAAAAGAAGAAAUACUUUAGAUCCAUCAUAUCUUUUAAAAGAUAAAAUUAUAAAAAAAAAAAUUAGAAAAUCUGAAAAUCAAAAAAUUAAAAAAAUAAAAAAUAGUGAAAAUAAUAUUAGUAGUAGUAGUAGUAAUAGUAGUGGUGAAGAGGAUGAUGAUGAUAAAGAUGAUGAAAAUAAUUAUUCAAUUAAUCAAGAUGAUAAGGAUGAUAGUAAUUAUGAAGAUGAUGAUGAUGAAGAUGAAGAUGAUGAUGAAGAAAGCGAUACUGAUAAUGAAGAUGAUGAAGAUAAUGAUGAAGAUAAUGAUGAUGAUGAUGAUGAUGAUGAUGAAUUUAAAGAUAAUUUAAAUUUAAUUGAACCAUUAGAUGAUGAAACAAUUAAAAAAAUUAAAGAUUUAGAUGAUAGUUUAGGAAUUUCAGGUCAAGUUAAAGUUAAAAGAGAAGAUUUAGAUCUAAUAUAUGAAGAAUUAGAAGAAAAUAAGAAAUUAAUUGAAGAAUAUGAAUCAACACUUGAAUUAUUAAAUAAUCAAUUGGAUGAAAAAGAAAUUGAACAUAAAGAAUUAUUAAUUAUAAUUGAUCAAUGGGAACAAGAAUGUACAAAUAGAGAGAAUCAAAAUCAAGAAUUACUCGAAAUCGAUCAACAAUCAAAACAAUCAAUUCAACAAUUAAAUGAUAAACUUUUAGAGACAAAACAACAAUCUAAACAAUCCAUUGAUCAAUUGAAUCUUCAAUUAAUUGAUAUUGAAUCUGAAUCAAGUAAAAAUAAGAAAUCAUUUGAGAAUGUUUUAGGAGUCUUUGAGAAAUCUUAUAGAUUAGCAGAGAGAUUAGAAGAUAAAUACUUUACAAAAGAGAUUGAAUCAAAGAAACAAAUUGAAACAUUGGCAAAUUCAUAUCUACAAUUGGAGACAACUUAUCAACAACAAUUGAAUAUUAAUCAACAGUCACAACAAAAGAUUCAAUCAUUAAAUAAUGAUAUAGAGCAAUUUAAAUUGGUUUGGGUGCCAUUGAAAGAUCAAGUCAAUGGUUACUUUCAAGAGAAUCAAAUGUUUAAACAAUAUAUAAUAGAGUUGGAAGAGAAAUACAAUACUUUGAUUGAUCUUCAAAAAGAGGUUGAACAAAAUUAUUUAACAAACACUUUGGAACAACAAAGAAAUGAUCAAUAUCAAAUCGAAAUCAAUCAAUUGACAACUGAAUAUAAUAAUCAAAUUCAACAAUUGGAGAGUACAAAUCAAAAAUUACAAACUCAAUUAUAUAAUCUAUUGGCAAAUGCAACUCAAUCAACUCAAACAUUGGAACAGCAAUUACAAACUUCCAAACAAGAGAUCGAUACGCUAACAAACGAGAUUGAGCAAUUGAAAAACCAAUAUGAUAUUAUUAGAGUUGAUAAUGAUAAUCUUUCAAAGGAAUCAUUAGAGUUAAAACAAAUUCUACUUUCAAAAACUCAACAAUUGGAAGAACAACUAUCAUUGGCACAACAACAAAAGGGUAAUAUUGAAAUCAUUCAACAAUUGGAAUCUAUAAUUGUUGAUAAUCAACAAUCUAUAGAUCAAUUGAAAAUUGAAUUUGAUCAAUCACAACAAGAUAAUCAAUCCAUUAAACAAUCUUACAAUCAAUUGGAAUCAACUUUAACAUUGGCACAAUCAGAGAAUCAACGUUUACUCACUGAAAAUAAACAAUUCAUCACAAGUUUAAAUGAGAUUAAAUCACUAUUCAAUUCAAUUCAACAACAAAAAGAAACUAUUCAAUUGGAAUUCAAUCAACGUUUACAAAGUUGGUCUCUUGAUAGUGAAAAGUAUAAAGAGAUCAUAUCGACAUUGGAACAAUCAAAUCAGAAAUCAAUUGAAUCUUAUGAAUCUAAAUCAUUGGAAUUCCAAGAGAAAGAGAAUCAAUUCGAUUCUCUAUUAACAAACUAUAAUCAAUUAUUUAGUAAAUAUAAUGAUCUUGCUACAUCCAAUGAAUCAAAUAGAUUAGAAUUUGAUCAAUUUAAAAAAGAUUCAAAUCAAUCCAUUCAAUCACUUGAAUCACUUGAAAGAUCAUUAAAAUCUGAAAAUGAUAAUCUUUUACAACAAUCUAAUCUAUUGAAAUCUCAAUUGGAAUCAAUUGAAAAACAAAAACAAGAUCAAUUAAUACCAAUUCAAUUGGAGUUAGAAUCAAAGAAAUGCGAACUAUCCAAACUAUCUUCUCAAUUCUCUGAACAAACUAAACAAGUGACUCAACUACUCAUAAGUGUAGAUCAAUAUAAAAUUUCAACAAAUAAAUUAGAAUCUCAAAUUAGCGAUCGUAAUGAAGAGAUUAAUAAUUUAAAAUUAAAAGCAAUUGAAAUCAAUGCAUUAAAAGAAGAGAAUAUCUCACUCAAAGAUCAAUUAACAAAAUUGAAAAAGGCUCCAAAAUCUCAAACCGAUCGUGAAAAAGAUAUGAUAAAGAAAGAAUUGGAAAAACUUCGUGAGAAAUUCAAUGCAAUCGAUGCAAAACUUAAACAAGCUAUUCAAGAUAAACAAACCAUUCAAUCUGAAAAACAAUCAUUGGAAAGAGAAAUCAAAGACCUAAAGAGAUCACAUACCUCUACUGAAACUGAAUUAGAUAAAUUGAAAAAAACUCAUCUUGCUGCCGAUGUUAAGUCAAAAGAUUUCAUUGCAUUAAAUAAAUCGGUUGAAAUAUUAACAAAAUCACAAGAACAACUUAAAUCUACAAUCAUAGAACUUGAAUCAGACUUGUCAAAGAAAAAUAUUGAAUUAGAAAAGAAACAAGAAGAACUUGUCACACUCAACCAAGAUAAACUUGAAAAAGAAAAGAAAACUAAUCAAUUAGAAUCUGAUCAUUCAAGUGCUACCAUUAAAUUAGAGAAUUAUGAAAAUCAAAUCACUCAAUUAACAAGUGAAAUCAUUGAUUUAAAGAGUAAAUUUCAAGAAUUUAAAUCUGAAUCUGAAAGCAAUAUCAAACAACAAGAAAUUAACCUAAAAGAAUCAAAUGAUCUAAAUCAACAAUUAACUAAUGAUAAAUUUGAAUUAACCAAACAAUUAUCUGAUUUAAAGGUUGAAUUUGAUAAAUCUAAACAAUUAUGGUCAACAAGAUCAUCCGAAUCAAAUGAUACAAUUAAAGAACUUCAAGAAUCAAUCAUUUCAAAAGAUAAAGAACGUCAAUUAACCUCUGAACAACUUGUAAAAUUAACCGAUCAAAUCAAUUUAAAAACAUGGGAAUACAAUGAUUUGAAUUCUCAAUGCCAACAACUUACAAAAACUUUACAAAAUGUAAAAUCCAGUAACGAACAACAAGAACAGUCCAUCGUAUCACUUGAAUCUCAAACAUCUGCCAAAAUUAAAUCAUUGGAACUAGAGAUAUCACAAAUUCAAGAAAAUCAUCGUUUAGAAGUAUUGGAAUUAAAUCGUUGUAAAAAUCAAUUAUCUGAAAAACAAACUCUAAUGGAACAAGAUAAUAUACAAUUGAAUGAACGUAUCAUUCAAUUACUACAUCAAAAAACUAAACAUGAAAAUGAAAUACUCUCAAUGGAAUCAAAUAUUAUAGAUUUAGAGAAUCAAACCAAAGAAUUGAAAUCAAAAAUUGAAACUGCCCAACAAGAUUUUGAAAUUGAAAAGAACUAUCAUACCGGUUUAAAUGAAACCAAUACUACAACCAUUAAAACAAUGAAUGAAGAAUUAACUCGUUCAAAUCAAACCAUUCAACAAUUACUCUUUAAAAUUUCAAAAUUGGAACAAACUUCAUUACAAACUCAACAACAACAAGAAUUACAACAAGCAACCAUUUCAGCUCAACAACAAAAACAACAACAAUUAGCCGACGAUCAAGAGAAACAACAACUCUAUCAAAAAAUAAAACUAAUUGAAAAAGAAUUGGAAUCAACAAAACAAAAGAAUCUCUAUAUCACUGAACAAUUCACUCUAAAAGAAUCUGAAUAUCUAGAUACUAUCACCGAUUAUGUUUGUAAGGAAAAAGAAUUUGAAAAAUCAAAAGCUUCCCUAAAAACUAGUGCUACAAAAAUUCAAGCAUUAAAUGAUAUCAUUAAAAAACUUCAAGAAGAAAAACCUCAACAACAACCUGUUGUUAAAGUUUCUUCUUCUCAAGUUGUAAAUCAAAAUGGUCAACCAAUUAAAUCAAUUUUAAAGAAACCAAAAUUAGUUAUUAUACCAAGAGAACAACUACAGCAACCACCUCAAUUUAAAGAACUUACUCUAUCAACUUUAAAUAGUAAUGAUAGUAAUUGUGAACCUGAAUCCGUUUCAGCUUCAUCUACUUUAACUUCUUUACAAUCAAUCUCAAAGUAUAUUGGUAAAAGAUCUGAACAAACAACUCUUGAACAUGAUUUAACCUCUUCAACUUUAAAUCUACCAUUACAACAACAAAACAAAAAAGUUAGAUUAGUAAUCACUAAAAAUAACAAAACUUCAACUGAUAAUUUAACAACUACUUCAACCUCUUUAAAAUCAAAAUCAUCAUCCAAUGGUGAAAACAAAGAAAAUCAAAAUAAUAAUAUUAUUAUUAAAAAUAAUUAA